UGGCGGCCGGCGGCGUCGCCCCUCGACCAAGAUGGCGGCGCCGGCUGCCGGAAAAGAAGCGGAAGUGUCGCGCGGGAGUGUCGCGCGGGCCGCCGGUCAUCGCGAGAGGCAUGAAGCUGGGCCGGGCCGCGCUGGGCCUGGUGCUGCUGCUGGCACCGAACCUGGUGCGUGCUGUGGAGCCCAUCAGCCUCGGCCUGGCCCUGGCCGGCGUCCUCACCGGCUACAUCUCCUACCCGCGCCUCUACUGUCUCUUCGCCGAGUGCUGCAGCCAGAAGCGGAGCUUGAGCCGGGAAGCACUGCAAAAGGACUUGGACAGCAAACUCUUCGGACAGCACUUGGCCAAGAAAGUCAUCCUCAACGCCGUGUCGGGCUUCAUAAGUAACCCCAAACCCAAGAAACCGCUCACCCUCUCCCUGCACGGCUGGACCGGCACGGGCAAGAAUUUUGUCAGCAAGAUCAUCGCAGAGAACAUCUAUGAGGGGGGUCUGAACAGCGACUAUGUGCACUUGUUUGUGGCCACGCUGCAUUUCCCCCACGCCUCCAACCUCACCCUGUAUAAGGACCAGCUACAGAUGUGGAUCCGAGGCAACGUGAGUACCUGCGCCCGGUCCCUGUUCAUCUUCGAUGAGAUGGACAAGAUGCACGCGGGCCUCAUCGACGCCAUCAAGCCCUUCCUGGACUACUAUGAGCUGGUGGACCGUGUGUCCUACCGAAAGGCCAUCUUCGUCUUCCUCAGCAACGCUGGCGCUGAGAGGAUCACAGACGUGGCUCUGGAUUUCUGGAGGAGCGGGAGGCAGCGGGAGGAGAUCCGGCUGAAGGACAUGGAGCAUGCACUGUCGGUGUCCGUCUUCAACAACAAGAACAGCGGCUUCUGGCACAGCAGCUUGAUCGACAGGAACCUCAUCGACUACUUCGUGCCUUUCCUGCCCCUGGAGUACCGACACGUGAAGAUGUGCAUCCGGGCGGAGAUGCAGGCUCGAGGCCAUGUCCCCGACGAGGACAUUGUCACCCGCGUGGCAGACGAGAUGACCUUCUUUCCCAAGGAUGAGCGCGUCUUCUCUGACAAAGGCUGCAAGACUGUGUUCACCAAGUUAGACUAUUACUAUGACGACGACUGACUCACCUUUCCCGGGCACGUUCCCCCACGGUCCCAGCUGUGGUCAGUCGCUCCCCAAGACCCCCCCCAUGGACUUCAGAACUGGUCCCCAUAACCCUCGGAAGGAGGCACCACCCCCAGAUGCUCAUCCGAGGGCAUCUUAGGAUUUUUUGAAAAUCAUGUUUUGAUUUCAAGCUUGUCAGAGGCAGGAGAAGCAAGUUUUACUGAACAUGUCUAAACUUUAUUUAAAACGUUUUAUUAUUAUUGUUAUUAUCAUUAUUGGUUUUGGAGCCACACGGCGGCGGCACUCAGGAGUUACUCCUGGUUCUGCACUCAGAAACUGCUCUUGGUAGGCUCGGGGGACUAUAUGGCUUGCUGGGGAUUGAACCCAGCAUGCUGGGUGGGCCACAUGCAAAGGCGAAUGCCUUCUCCACUUUAUUAUGGCUCUGGCCCCUUAAAAUGAUUUUUAAUAUCACGAGAAACUUUGCAUA